GCAGUUUGACAAUAUAAUUACUAAAGCUGAAACAGGACAUAAUGGGCUAUGUGGGUGUAGAACUCAUGAUUAGAAAGUGGGAAAGGUUCCAAUUUACUUCUUUUCCCCAUUCUUUUCUGAGAUCUAUUUUGAUCUUUAAAAAAAUCUUGUCAAAGAGUAAUCACUUGUCAUACACCAUUAUUUCAAUCCUAGAUUGAAACAGAUCUAUUGCUUAAAAAAGGAAAUAAACACUCUGUUUGUUUUAAAGAGAUUUAUUUUAGGUUAUGCAAGACAGAUGUAACUCCAUUGAAGUGCAUAGAAUUACACUGUUGUGCAAUGAGUGUGAAUUGAAAUGAAAUGAACUCAUUGAAACCAUUAAGAGAAUAUUACAGUUGUGAAUGUAUGAAACGAUGUGACAGAUAUUUAUAAAAAUUUUAAAUAUAUUUGCUAGGUUCAUCGAUUUUUAUCCCUGUUACUGAAGUAGACGGGUGGCUAGCAAGUUAAUAAUCUGUAGAAAUACAUGUUCUUACUAAAAAAAAAAAAAAAAAGAAAAUGAACAAAAACCAGAACAAUUCCUGUUCAUGGAUGAGGAAAUCCAUACAUUUGCUUCAGAUGUAAUGGUACGUAUCCUUUCCAGGAGGCUUUGUUGGUUUGGGGGUUCUUUUGUUUCUGUUUUUGUUGGUUGGUUGUUUUUUUGUUUGUUAUUGUACGCUUUGCUUGUUUAUUUUAAGACUGACAUGAGACAGUAGUUCAGUUCCUGCCUUUUUCCAAUACACCCCUCUGAUUUUGGGUAAAUCUAGCAAGACUUUUUUUAAAGGAAAGCAAAAAUAGUUGGUUUCCUCAAAAGGUUCUGGAAGUGCCCUGCAGCCUUCCCUGAUACUGAAAAUCUUCUGUUAUGUAUCACAUUUUCUCUUAGGUCUGAAGAUUACUGAGGAUACUUAACCCACCGUUUUUGAGAGAUGAAAAUAAAUUCCUGAAAUAGAUGUGAUAGUCUCAGACACUACAGUAAGGAGCAAGGAAGACAGUGAUAGAAUAUAAAUGUUCUGCUGGAGUAACCUAGCUCUAUGAAAUGCAUGUGAUUUUAGAAAAUAUGUUUUCAUGUACCCCACGAAUUUUGAACUAACUCCCCAAAGAGGAUAAGCUUGACUGCUGAAAAUGGAAGUAGUUUUGCAUUCUGAAUUUAAGGGGCUAAGUAAAAGCCACAGAUUUUUAUACAGAAAUUCUCAUUUCUGGUGCCCAAAUCUUGUAAUGACUCUUGAUCUAGGAUUUAUCAAGUGUGAUUUGAUCUUCCAUAAGUCAGUUCUCAAUGAAAUAGAAGAUAUGCUGAAUCCCAGAAAGUGCUCAAGGCCAGCUUGAUCUAGUAGAAAAUGUGCCUGCUCGUGCCAAGGGGUUGGAACUGGAUGAUCCUUAAGGUGUCUUCCACUUCAGAACAUUCUGUUGUUCUAUGAUAAGUGUGUAAAAAAGAACAGAUGCAUUUGUAAACAUAUUGUGUUAUGAUCAUGUGUCAUUUCAUGGUAGUAUCUCUUUCCUCAGGCUCUGUUUUGGUCAGCAACUUGCGCCUGGCUGCCUGGAUUCCACAACUACCAAAUCUAACACAGAAGUCUUGGGAAAAUCAUCCUUUCUGUCCAAGUAGAAACCUGGCUCUGUGGCUGCUUCCUAUUCUAAGUCUCCUGCUUGCUGAGUUCUGCAAACUAACAGAUUCUCCGUGCCAAGUGUGCUCAGCUGCUUUGUGCUGUCUUCUCUUCCUCCAGAAUUGCAGUAGUUAAGGCAGGACUAACAGCUCUGCUCUCAUUGCUUCGUCAUAAGCAUAUACAUUGCUGGGAAACUUCUCCCACAUUCUGUGUUGGGAGACAACAAGCUGAAGCUGAAGUGAAGUUGGAGGCUGGAUGGUUUUCCAUGUGUUACUUGGUAUGUGUCCUCAGUUCAUGUAGGUGAUGAAACAAGAUGUCUUUGAGAAAUAAUUUCACAUCUUUUAGCCCCUAUUCUUACUAUAAGAAGUAAUAGUAAGAAGUAAUAGGCAUGCCCUUCUUUUUUCUCCUUUUUACUUUUACUUUCUAUCCCUUGUAUCUUUUUUUUUUCCCCAUACAAUAGAAGUUUUCUAUCUGCAUCUCCUAUCCAUUUUCUCUUCAAAACUGAUACACUUAUUUAGAGUUUAAUGAUGUUUUCUUGCUCGUAGAAUCCAUUUUUGAAACAUUUUAAUGUAGACAUAAAGAUGACAUUUGAUGGUAUCUUCUGGAAAAGAAUCAUACUUGGUUAUACAUUUGUAGGUUUUCAGUAUUUGAAUAUGAACUGGUUCACAGGCAACGUAUUAUCAAAUGGGGGAAACUUCCUUUUGAACCCGUGGCGAUUCCCAUUCGAUUACUGAGGCUUUUUUCUCACAGAGCUCUUUUGCCAUUUACGGGACUGUGCUGGAGAUGGGCAGACAACGUCCCGUCCCCACGGAGAACAUCUUUAUUGCUGGUUUCCCGAUGUAGGGAGAGAGGAGCAGAGGCUCAGCCGGGCGCUAGGUGGCAGCGCCGCACCGCCCCGGGGCCGCCGCAGCCGGAGCGGGCUGGCAGGUGCGGCUCAGCGGCCCCUGCAUCGGCGGGGUCCUGGCCUGGGCACUGUUGUGCUCUGCUCUGCUCCUUUAGAGCCUGGGAGAGGCGUUUGUCACAGCGCAAGUUUCAUAGGCCCUCAUUAGGAAAACUAAUUGUCCUUCAGCUUCUCCCAUCAGAUCAAAACUCGUGAUAAGAGGUGGAAAUAAUGUUUCAUCCCAGAGUUUUAAGUUUUGGUUGAAGCACAGUCUGCUGUUCCUUAGGCCUCUUUUGAAGUGUUCCCACCCACUGAUAUUGCUGAUAGCAGGGAGUGCUAUACGGUGUAAUUCACAUGCCUUUCAGCCAGAGAAAAGGGGUAGCUGAAGUAGUGUGGGGGCCUGCUGCGUCUUUGAAGUGCAAAUUACACCAGCUGAGAUGUCUCAAAUACCUGUAGAGUAGGAGUAAAAAAGUUUCAGUGACAGCUAAAUGAGUGUAAGAAAUUAGAACUUAAGAAACAACAAGAAAAGCCCACACAACUCUGCUGAAUUUGACAUGACAUCAAACGUGGUCUAUGCAAUAAAUCUCUGCAAUUAAUUGAGAUGUUGAGCCUGUCUCAAACAUACGUACUUAGCUGGAAUAUAUGGAUUAUUUUCUAGGUUACAGUGUGUAAUGUACCAUAUUGCAGCCUCUUACCCAGACCUAAUUGCUCUAAAAUAAUGCAGCCAGGCUCACUUCUAGUGAAAUUCCACCACCUGAGGUGACCUUGCUUAUUUCAGACAAUUUAAUUUCCAUCACUAAACACAGUCAGAUCUAAUCCCUGUCUUAUUUCUGUUUACAUUGUUUAGAAGUUUAGAAUGCCACUUCUUCAUUCCUUACUGAUUAUAAAUCUCAUUCUCCCAUUGAUGGAAGAUGUUAGAAGCACCAACAUUUGCAUGUGCCAAAUGAGCAUUAAAUUCAUAUCCUGCUGUUUUAGUAGCCCCAGAGUGCAGUUUCAGAGUUUAUACUGUCCAGUGACCGAGUUUAAACUGUUCUCUUUUUCCCUUUGCUCUCUUUCAAACUUUUGUGAUCCUGGCUUGGUUUUUGUUUUUGCUUUGGAUUGGGUUUCUGGCUGUUUUCAUUUUUGGAAAAAGGGUUUUCAGUGGCCAGAUGUGUUCCCUUCUCCAUUUUGUAUGUUCCACAAAUGCUUCUGUUGGUAAAAUAGCGGAUUAACAGUGGGUACUAAGAAGCAAGUAGAAAUACUUCAACUUGUUUCACGAGCAAAUUAAAUCAUUGUGAUUUUGAUGACCACUUAGAAAACCAUGGCUUUCUGGAAUGUGUCCCAUGCAGGUUACUGGUGUUGUAGGUGUUUCUAGCAUUUGAGAUCAAUGCUGCAUGAUCUCCCCACUUGUUCAGUGUAGCACUGCUGUGUGUACAUGGCUUCUAUUGAUUUGGAGAACACAGAUUGCGUAUGUAGCACUUGUAUCAGUUGUUCAAAGAGGAAGCAAUAAAAGCCCUCAAGGAAACAUUUUUAGGUCCUGAUCUAAGCUUCUUUGCAGUUAGUCUAAGGAUUGUUAGCUGUUCUGCUUUGUCUUGAGCUGUAGCAGUUUUCAAACUGGGCAUCUUGUACUUGAUGCUUUGAAAUCAGUGGUAUUUAAAUAUAGCUGGAGUUCGGUACUGCAAUAGUAAUGAGCUGCUUUUUUCAUAUCCUGGGUAUUUCAAACACUCAUUUACUUAACGUACCGAAGCAAAAUUACUAUAUUGAAGUGGUACUUCCCCAGUUUAAGCAAGUGCAUAAUUUAAAUGCGACUCUGCACGGUAGCACAGUUUUUUAUUUGAUGAACACAAGUAUUUCUCUAUACAAUUUUCCUGUACUGACUCUGGGGCACGAUACAGUCCUGCAGUGUCAGCAGAGGUGAGUUGGGUCACUGAGAUUUGGGAGGACUGCAGCUUGUCAAUUCUUUGGCUCUGAAGAAGCGUUCAUUUAAUGACUCAUUUCUCUAGGUCUAGUAUGAGGAGGAAGAUUGGUGAGACAAGUCCUCUAGUGUGCUCUUUUCUGUAAGAUGAACGAGUCUUUUCUAACUCGUUUAGGAGCACGAAGCUUUGGCUGGCGGACGAGUCACAGCACACCUCGGGAAUGGUGCAGGAGCAACGCCGGCAGGCAGAACGGGGCAGCUCCUCGAAACCCUAGAAGAGCCUCGCUUCCCGGGGACACGCCACAUGAGCGCGAAGAGUAAUUUAACGCGGGCUGCGGGCGGGGUCUCGGUGAUGUAACAGGAAGCUCUAAUGGCUCGCUGCUGCCGCCGCUCCUCACUUAGCGGCCGAACCUCUCCCGGCGCUGCCCAGAGCCGCGCUCCUCUGCCGGGCUCUCGGACUGCACCGUGCCCUGCGGGCGCCUGCGCGGCUCCGAGCCGGCCGGCCGGGGAAGCGAAGGAGCAGCUCUCCGCACUCUCGCUGGGAAGGGAGAUCCAAUCGACUGGGCUCGGAUCAACUCCGCGUGUUUGCAUUAAUUCAAUCACAACAUAAAAUACACUGCGUCAGAAAUAAAAAUGACAAAAAAAUGGAUCACGUUCUUGCUGUUCUUCCUCUCGGCUACUUUGUUAUUUGCCACUGCUAUUCCAUCUGAAGGUCAUCAGAAUAUGACAGAGGACUUCGGUCAACUGAGUUUUACACGGAAUAAAAUUAUGACAGCACAGUAUGAAUGCUACCAGAAAAUUAUGCAAGAUCCCAUUCAUAGGAAAGAAGGUCCUUACUGUAACAGGACGUGGGAUGGCUGGUUGUGCUGGAGUGAUGUUGCUGCAGGAACUGUAUCAGUACAGCAUUGUCCUGACUACUUCCAAGAUUUCAAUCCAUCAGAAAAAGUUACAAAGAUCUGUGAUCCAAAUGGGAACUGGUUUAGACACCCAGAAAGCAACAGGACAUGGACAAACUACACCCAGUGUAAUAUCUAUACGCACGAAAAAGUGAAGACUGCUCUGAAUUUGUAUUAUUUGGCCAUCAUAGGACAUGGUCUUUCAAUUGCCUCACUUCUGAUUUCUCUUGGCAUAUUCUUUUACUUUAAGAGCUUGAGUUGCCAGAGGAUUACUCUUCAUAAAAAUCUCUUUUUCUCUUUUGUUUGCAACUCUGUUGUAACAAUAAUUUCACUGACUGCAAUUGCCAACAAUCAGGAAUUAGUUGCAGCUAAUCCAGUUAGCUGCAAAGUGUCAAUGUUUAUCUACCUGUACCUAAUGGGUUGCAACUACUUCUGGAUGCUGUGCGAAGGCAUUUACCUGCAUACCCUUAUUGUGGUGGCUGUUUUUGCUGAGAAACAGCACUUGAUGUGGUAUUACCUUCUUGGCUGGGGUUUUCCACUGAUCCCUGCCUGCAUACAUGCUGUUGCUAGAAGCUUGUAUUAUAAUGACAACUGUUGGAUCAGCUCUGAUACUCAUCUGCUCUACAUCAUCCAUGGCCCUAUUUGUGCUGCUCUAUUGGUGAAUCUUUUCUUCCUGUUAAAUAUUGUCCGUGUACUCAUAACCAAGCUGAAAGACACCCACAAGGCAGAAUCCAACCUAUACAUGAAAGCAGUGCGAGCUACCCUCAUUCUGGUUCCCCUGCUCGGCAUUGAAUUUGUGCUGUUUCCAUGGCGACCGGAAGGUCGAAUCACUGAGGAAGUCUAUGAAUACGUGAUGCACAUCCUUAUGCAUUACCAGGGUCUACUGGUUGCUACAAUUUUCUGCUUCUUCAAUGGAGAGGUCCAAGCUGUUUUGAGAAGACACUGGAAUCAGUACAAAAUCCAGUUUGAGCACAGCUUCAGCCACUCAGAUGCUAUGCGCACUGUUUCCUAUACAGUAUCAACAAUCAGUGAUGUUCCAGGCUACAGCUACAACCACGACUGCACCAGUGAACAUUUAAAUGGCAAAGGCUAUCAUGAAAUGGAGAGUGUAGUUUUAAAAACUGAAAAGUUAUAUGGUUGACUGAAAAGACUCUGCAUAUGCCGGUGUUCACCCUCAUAGUUUAUGAACUUGAAGUUUGAUUUGAUGACUUAAUGGCCAGAAGAUUCAGUCUAACUUGGGAGUAUGACCUUCUCCUGAAUGAUGCAAACUAAACCAACUCAUUUUCGUAUGUAUAAAUAUAUGUGUCUGUGUUUGUCUAUUGAUAGUAUGGACAUCCAUACAUGUAUCUAUCCACUUAGCUAUAUAUAUGUGUGUAUUUACAUAAGUAUACAAACGUUGCCUCUUCAGUUUCUACUAUGUAGACAAAGUUGGCAAUUUUUUGUACAAGGGGAAUCAAUGAAUGAAGGAUUUUGUAUUUUCUUGGAAGUUUCUAUGAAGACGGGGUUGUACUGAAGCCACUUCAUUUGCCUAUAGAAACUUAGGGUGUAAAUACCAUACUAUAUUGUCUUAAUCAAACCUAAAACUGAACAAAGGAAAAUUGUUAAAAUAGGUGCAAUAGUUACAGCAGCUUGUUCAGGUUAAUUUUAUGUCCAGUAUUUUAUUGUCAAAAAGCAACAAAAAAAAACACCAACAGACAGUCUAAGAUAAUAGACUCAAGAUACUAAUGCUGAGCCAGUUGGAUUUUGCAACUGUUUUUAAUGAAGCAUCAGAGAUGCUAGUACAAGUCUAAGAUUCUAUUCACUUGUGUAUUGCAGCAUAACAGUUUACAGCAAGCCUUGAACAAUUUUAUUUAAACUGUUUUCACAUACACAGGAGUGUCUCCUCCUCUUCAAGCUUAUGAAUGCAGAUGAGAUCAAUGAUGAAGCCUUACUGAAAAGUAAGAAAGAGUACAGAAAGAAUAGUAACCUGAAUACCUAUAAAUCCAUCUGACUAUUAAUUCAAGCUUAUGGAACUUCACUGUCUGCUUAAGCAUUUUACUUGGCUGGGAAAAAUAAUGUACAGAUUUUGUUAUAGCCAUGUGGUUUGUUUUGUUUUUCUUUUAAGUAUUUCCAUGGCCAAUAUGCCUGAAUGCCUGAUAAAAUUAUUCCUUUGUUUUGGAGGGCAAUGUUUUGAUUACGUUUGUGACUUGUUUAUUUAGGGAAAAGUGGACUGGACUGAACACAGUGAAAAUGAUUUGCUAUCUGUGAAGCCAGUGUAUGAGAUGGAUUAAUCAAGCAAAUUAACAUCAAUAACAUAUUAUUCCUUUUUUUUUUUUCUUUUUUUUUUUUUUUUUUGAAAAUCCAAUCUAGGAUUUGUCUUAGAAAACUUUAAUGUUUAAGAAUUUUAAUAUUAUUUGAGAGGUGCCUGAUUCAGACCAGUUCUUCUUAAGGAAGUUAUUGCUUUUGGUUGUACUGGUUUAUAAAGGUCUCUCUGAAGAAUGAGAAGGUUGUGGAGAAGAUAUUUUAAAAAUGUGUCUAGCAAACUGUAUACAUCUUUAUGCUUCAAAGAAAUAGUAGUUAUAUUAAGUGAAACAAAAUGCUGAAGUAUAAGAGAUGAAUUUGUAAUAGUCUUAUUAAAAAAAUCUAAGAAGUAGAAAAAUGUGUUAUAGGUGUAUUUUGCAGAAAAAUCUACUUCAAAAGUUGGGGGAGAAAAAAAGAGGAGUGGAGACUGGAGCUUAUCAACGACGAUUAUGCUCAUGUGCAUCAGGUAAGCAGGUAAAAAAAACUGAAAGACAGAUUUUUCUAAACCACUUUAGUCCUAAAUACUUAAUUUUGUAUAUGAAGUACUUGAUUUUUACAUCUAAACAUUUUUUUCAGUAGCCUUUCUGUAAGCUUCAUUAGCAUGGAAUUAAUUUGCUGUUUCAGUAUUUAUUUUCUUGUAACUUUGUAAGGCCUCACAUGCUUUGUAUUUAGAAGGAAAAUGUUAAGAGGAUGCAGUAAAUUCAUGCCACUUGCACCUUUCGUUGUUAAUUUUUUUAACGCUGUUGUCUAGAGUUUCAGUGGAGAGUUUUGUUAAUGAUGUAGUGUCAUAACAUAGAAUCUCAGCUGAGAUAUUAAAAUGGAGAUGUCUUGUGCAAGGCUAUCUGCUUGAGUGAUAGAAAUAACAUGAAAAUCAUGUGCUAUACUAGAACAGUGUGAAAUCUGGAAACCCUGUCUCACAGCAUCUGAUUAUGGUGUCUGUUCCAACAUGGUUAGAAGUUGGUUACAACUCAACUUGCUCAUUUUUUUAAAAGUAAUUAAAUAAUUAAUUAAGUAAUUAAGGGUUACUUAAAAAUCUUUGCAAUGUUCUGAAAGUGCACGUAGUGCAGGACAUCCCUGCUCUGGUAUACCAGCUUUGCACACACAGGGGAACAGAUCCUCAACUGGUAUAAAUCUUGAGUUCCAAGUUUGGAAUCAGUGGGUACUAGUUGAGAAUCAAAGCCUGUGCAGAUACUGGUCUAUUGGAAAGUGCUUCACAGUCCUGGACGGCAUAUUAUAUGACAAUUAUUUCAAUGGUACCUGGUGGGUUGUUACAAUUAAAACAUGUAACAGCUGAGAAUAUGAUAUGAUAUUAGAUUUUGAUUUCAGUUUACUUCUCAGCUAGGCAGGUAAAUUUAAUGACCUGCAAAUUUGUGUCUUUCAAUACAAAGUACUAAAUGCUAACAGUUCACUGUCUCCUGUUGAGAUGAUUGUAAUGGUAAUUUAUAGGGGGAGACUGCUUUUCCACAGAACCUAUCCUGCCUCUAGGUGGUCAGUCACAGCGUCUGUGUUUCUAGGCACACUUUUGAAAAGGAAACACAUCGAGCUGGAUAUGCAAAAAAAGGUUUGUGGCUGUACAAGGAGAGGAACACUCCCUCAUUCUCAUGAGCUUCUAUUUUGCAUUGGAAAAUAUAAAUUCCUUAUUUUGUCUUCCUACCUCACCUUUUUUCAGUUCCUACAUAGCUAAGACCAGAGUCUGCUGCUUAAUUUAUUCCUUUUUUUUUUUUUUUUUUUUUUUUUUUUUUUUGGUCACUAUAAAUUAACAUCAAAUCUUUAUGCUGAGAUUUUGUCCUGUGGUCUAUUUUCUACUUUAUGGAAUAUUGUAGUCAUUGCCUGUAUUGUCUGGAAUGUAAGAAAGCUUUUGGGGGCUGUGAGGUUCUUUUCAACAGGCAGACAGUUAUCUAUUAUUGUUCUUUUUUGUUAGUGAACAUUUACUGUAUCAUUAAGAAGGAGGCUACAGAAAUGCUCAUUUUAGACUUUGUAUAAGUAACUGGCAUGUUAGUUAUGAGUUAAAGGGAAUGUCUAUUUUUAAUGCUACUGUCAUCAAUUAGUAAAUGCCACAAGUUGAUUCUCUGCUGCAGAGUUCCCUCCGUUUAUUAUUGUAUUUAACAGCUAUUCUAUGUAUUGUUUUUUCUUUGUGAUGAUCUCCUGAAGUGCUUGGCUGUAGAAAUGCUGCAGCACAUACUCCUGUUAACGUCACAAAACGUUUGGGCUGGAAACCCGGUAACAUUCAAGUAUUGUACUGUGUAAAUAAGAUGAAUAGAAGCUAUGCCAUUGUAUUUAUUGUUCCACUAAGGGUGAAAUAGAAAAAAAAUGUGAAA